AUGCCGUCCUUCAACCAAGCUAUGUCGAUCAUCGCAAUGACAGCGAUCUCCUCCGUGAACGCUGCCUUUGGCCCUGCUUUUAGUACCGGACCUGUUUCUUCUGACUCUUUCAUCCGCGAGUCCACUGCUACCUUGGUUCUUCCCAAAGCACCGAGCGGCAGCUCUGGUGAUGCAUCCCUGUGGGUGGGAAUGGGCACCUCCAAUGGUGACUUGAUUCAGUCUAUUGCCGAUAACUGGGAAUCCAGCACUUGGAGCAUUUUUGCCUACACUCUCCUUUCUACCAGUGCUACGACGCAGAUGCCUGUUCAGGGUGAUUCCUCCACCGCUACUGCAGGAGAUCAGGUGACAAUGCACUACAAGUUUGAUGAUUCCACCGGAAACUAUACCCAGACUGUUCUUGUCAACAACAAGACUGUCUCAACCCUCUCCACAAGUGACGGCGAGGCUCAGGGCUGGGGAAGUGCUGUUGAAUGCGCGGAGAAUAACUGCGGUACUAUGCCUGCUCACACUUGGAUCAACGCCAAAAUCAUCCUCGAUUCUGCUGAUCCUAACUACAUCAACACGAUGUAUAAGGGAGAGGGAGUCACCGGUACCAUGUCAACCAGCGAUGGUGGUAAGACCUGGGAAAUCGGUACCAUUGGUAUUCCAGAAUUCACUUUCGGAAGCUCGUAG